CGAUGAGCGUUUAAAACGCCUAAACCUUUCCCCCUUGUCGUAUCGUAGGAGACGAGGUAACCUUAUACUGGCAUUUCAUAUCGUUAAUUAUGAUUUGGGUGUCAAUAUGUCUUAUCUUUUUGCUCCAUCCAGCACUAAUAAUCUCCGAGGUCAUAGCAAGAAGGUUCACAAACCACGAUCUAAUAAACUUAAAGUGGGGUCCCGUUCUUCUCAUCGAGUAGUCAAUGGUUGGAACGCCUUACCCGAGCAAGUGAUAUCAGCCUCAUCAGUGAAUAUUUUCAAGGAGAAGCUGGACCUUCACUGGAAAGCAAUGUGUCAGGAUUAAUACAGGUUCACCAACCUACUAUUCUUAUUACUGAAGACUGAAGACUGACUGAACACCAUGAGGGGAAUGGAAAGAGAUCAGUCAACCUAAAUUAACCCACUGGAAUGAUACUGGGUGGUGAACAAAACCCCCAAGAGUCCUUUAAGUGGAAGUCUGACAGAUUAGCGUAUUAAAUAACCCAUUUAUCUUCUCUGUCUCCUGAUUGGUCAUUUUGGGUAUGAUCUCAAGGUAGUUCGUACAGCUUUACCGCGUAAUUUCUUAUCCCAACCAACAUUAACUCGUAAUCCUAUUUUGAGCCGGAUUUUGGUGUUGACCACAGAAGAUUCUAGUCUAAUCUCGACAAAUUCAACUUAACUCUAUCCUUUCAAGGAUCCAUUCGUGAGUAAAAUCCAAACGCGUAAAGAAGAUGGUUGAGGUUAACGAUGGUCGCCAUUUUAAAAAUCCUUACCAGGAUUAUAUGCCUGGAGACCAGCUUAAAGUGGGAGAUACAAACAUCCCAAACAAAAUUGUCGAACUGUUAAAUGUUCUGAAUUCGAAUUUCGAGAAGUUAUCGUCGUCUGACGUAUCAAUGUACACGGGCUUGUCAGGUGUUGGACUAUUCUACAAUUUCCUAUCACAAUGCAAAUGUGAAUUAUUAGACAGAAAGAUACGUGAAAAUGGUGUUGUAUGUACUGAGAAGUUGUUAAAUCGAUGUCUACGUCAUAUGGACUUGAAGAAGUUAUCUAAAAAUAUCAGUGUUUACACUAGCCCGAUCGGUCCACUGUGUUUAGGUGCUUUAUCAUCAGUCAAGCAUGGAAGUGAGAAUACAGAGGCAAAGAAGUUCGUAGAAGACAUUUUGUCGGCGAGUAAAUAUGGCUUGGAUGUGGACUGUGGGAUGCCUGAUGAAGCGUUAUAUGGACGUACUGGCUAUCUAAAUUGUUUGAUAACACUUCGAGAAAAUAAUUUCGACAUCCCUGUUUCUGUUGUCUCGUCGAUAACAGAUGCUAUAUUGAAGUCUGGUCAGAAAACAGCUGGUGCUUACAAAUCGAAUGGUUUUUAUAAUCGAUUGAUGUACCAGUCAUCGAAACGAGAUUUGUGGAUGCCACCGUUGAUGUUCGAAUGGCAUGAUAAAUGUUAUCUUGGUGGAGCACAUGGUUUUGCUGGUAUCUUGACUACUCUACUGAAGGUAUAUCGUUUGUUUCCUGGUAGCAUAUCAUCACAUUCCUUAAACCAGUUAAUUCUACCUACUGUUGAUUGGAUGAGUCAACUUCAGAUAAUCAGCGGAAAUUGGCCUUCUAGUUUAGGGGAUAGCUUAAAUCGUGAUGUAUUAGUUCAUUGGUGUCAUGGUGCAACGGGUGUUAUUCCACUUAUGCUCUCAGCUCAUAAGAUUACAGGUGAAAAUAAGUAUUUGAAGUGUGCAUUAGAUGGAGGAGAAGCUGUAUGGACUCGUGGUCUACUUCACAAAGGCUGUGGUCUAUGUCACGGUUCAGCUGGUAGUGGUUUCGCUCUAUUAGAGAUUUAUCAAACAACUCAAGAUCCCAAAUAUUUGUAUAGAGCUAUAAAGUUCGCUGAAUGGUGUACCGACUGUUUUAAAAAUGCUACUCGCGUUGCUGAUCGUCCGUACUCACUUAUGGAAGGUCUUGCUGGGACACUGUACUUCCUUGUUGGUAUUUUGGAUCCAGUUAAUUCGAAGUUUCCUCUACUAAGUGGAUUGUGAAUAGAAAGAAACAAUGAUUUUAUUUAUAUCUAUUCAAUUAACUUUGUCUGUCAUUUUGUACUCACAUCUAUUUGUUCAUCAUUCACUUAGUUUAUGAGAAAAUGUUAUUUGAGUUUCAUGUCUGCCGAAUAGUUCACAUUUGUUUUAACGAUAUUAUAUUCAGUGUAUUUUGUGUUGUAUACUCUGUUUAGUCUAAACCCGUGUGUGAAAAUGCCAGUUUAAGGCAUACUGUGUAUAUUUAAUGGUGUUGAUUGUUUGAAUAUUUGAUGAGCAUCGUACUGUGUUUGCGUUUGUUUUCUUUAAAGUUGAUAGGAGAAGUGAGUAGUCUGACAAGUAAUGGAUAUGUAGAAGAGACGUGGAUGAGUGUAUACAUAUGGUGAAAACAUUGUUAACUGUAAUGAUGUGUCAUGUUUUUGUAAUUGCACUCACAGUAUAUUUAGAAUUGCGAUUUUUGUUGGACGUUGAGAGCUAGAUCAUAGGAGCGAAUUUUUGUUAGUGUUGAAAGAUAGUUGUUCGACCAACAUGGUGUGUGUAUAGGUAUGAUGAUAUGAGAUUUGUUUUGCCUCCGGAUCAACAUUUCGACAAACUAAGUCAACACUUAACAACUCAUGGUUUGUAGUUUAAAAGUCAUUUUAAUAUUUCAUACAUGUAUUGUUUGGACGUAUUUUACAAUGAAACAUGCCCCUCGAAAAGUCAUUAAGUGCCCAGUAAACUCUUGGGAACAUUUUUUCGAAUCAGGAUUGAAUGAGCAUUUCUUCGGAAUAUUUUAAAGGAAAGUCAUGGUCAACGUAAUAAAUAUAGUGUGGUGUGUGCUACUUAUACGGACAGAUAUAGGUAGUAUGUGGUGGUUAUGGGAAGUUAAUUCCUUGCUGGGAGAAGAAGAGAAUGAUGAGGAAAAAAAGAAAAACAGAGCACUGGUAGUAGCAACAAGAAUGGAGGCACGAUUGGGUUUGUAAAGGUCAACUGAAGGAAGAUGUGCAAAUGGUGUGUUGGAUGUAUUGUCUUUAUAUUUUACGAAUUCAGUAUGUAAUUAAAGACAGUGCAUUUAGUUCACACCUUCCCAUGUCUUUGUACUUAAUAAUCGGUGUCGCUGUCACUACGCAGGAUGAAGAUUCCGUGGUCACUGGAGUUCGAGGAAGGAGAUGUACGGAGUGUGUUGAGAGAGUUUGGGACUGGUGCGUAGAUGGCAGGUGUGUAGAAGCCUAAGGUGAAGGUGUUGGUGCUGGAGACGUUACUGCGAGGCAACGGAAUGGGUGUAUGACAGCGUGGAUAAUGCCGGCGGGAAGACGGCAUGGGAGGUAGUCACGGAGCGGUUGUUAUAGACUUUGGCAGUCAAGUUUACUGGAAGAAGGCACUGAAGAAAUUUACGGUGAAUUUCGAUCUGCUAGUGUUUCCAGCGUGUCUAAUCUUAUUGUUACUUCGUGAGCCAUCGAUUUUGAAUGAGUUGUCUGGCUUGCUGGCGUCGAAGUUUAUUGAGGACUACAGCAUGAGUUAGCUGCAAUACGAAUAAACAAGUACAGAAAUAAUAUAUUUUAAUCUUGUGAGGGAACAGGCCAUUAGAAGAGAGACUGAAAGCCGAAACACACUGUUUGCAUAUUUUCCUUGAGUUGACCAUCACAAACACUACUGUUCUUUCAUUCCUGUUGCUAGCACCAUUGCUUUCUGUUUUUCUCCUCUCUUUAUUAUCCCCUUUUUCCAGAAAGAGAUUAGCUUCCUGUAUCUGUCCGUAUAAGUAGCACGUACCACAGUAUUUAUCAUGAUUGUUUGACUCUACAUGAUCAAAGUAUGAUUAUAUUGAAUAAUGACCACAAAAAAUUAAUAAUAUGUAAUUAUAUUAGCUGUUUCAUGACUGGUCAUCUACUAUUAUGUAUGCAUCGCCAAUUGUUUUGUUGGAAUCGCUUAUACUUUUAAAAUGAAGAACCACUGCAGUUUCCACAACGCGAUGUAAGAACAUCAACACUGGCACAAGUGAAGACUUAUUAACGCCCAAAACACGACAACGACUGUAGUCGAAAAUACACUUGUUACAUAUAUUGACUGUACACCCAUUUUGAUUAUGAAUAAGGGUGAAAUCACAUAUUUUUUUAAAAAAAUACCCCAAGUUAUAAUGAAUUACAUUCUGCAUUUUAUGC